AUGAACAGAACGUGUGGUAUCUUAAUUACACUCUGGUUGUAUUUGUUCUUUCAAUCUUGUGGCACGGAAGAAAGGUUUUCUGCAACGAAGGGAUUUCUGGCCUACAGAACGGUUUCGACGUUUCAGAAAUAUUGCACUUGUCCAACUUCUUAUUCAUGUUCUUGCUGUCAGAGUGUUUACAUUCUGUUCACCAAAGCUGAGAAGAAUCUUUGCGUUAAUUUCACCUAUCAGAGGAACGGUCUCAACAUUAACGUGACAUUGAACUCUGAUACCAUAAGAACCAGAACAGUUACAGACUAUAGGAAAUUCAAAUUCUGUACUAAUAUACCAGGUUGUUACUUCUCGACUGCCUGUGUGAAUAUUUUGGAACUCAAUCAAUUUCCCAGGUCGAUCACAGCUUGCCUACGACUGGAUAUUACAUCCAAGAAGCGAUUAUGGCAACUGAAUUACGACUGCGUUAGCAUAUCGACGGAGCUACCAAUGAUGCCGGCUAAUGGAACAACGAUGGCUAGUAAUACAACGAUGUCUGGCAAUACAACAAUGCCUACGAUGAAUACAAGAAUGACAACGAGAGCAACUUCUGCGAUGACUACAAUGACGACUGCUGGAAUGACAACGACAAUGGCUAGCAGCCAGAUGACGAUGACUACGACAAUGAUGGCAAUGAAAACCGUAGCGGAAACUGAAGAGACUACUAUACCAGGAGAUGUAGAGGUGAUAACAACGCCAGACAUUAUGGAUAUUGAUUAA